AGACAGGCUAAAUCGGACAGCAGCCAAUUGCAAAGGAACAGAAGUGCUAACCAAUGAAAAUGAGGAAGAAUGCAGGUCGAGAGGUACAUAUUGACGAAAGAUGAACACAGCUACUGGUCAUAAGUACACAGAAGCGAUUAGUGUCUUUCAGAAGCGUGAAAGACUGAGGAAAUCUUUACGGUAUAAGAAAGCGCUGACUGAAUCUUAAACAAUUCAAGAGGAAAAGGACUUCACAGUACUACAGGUAGAGGUAAGCGAAAACUAAUCGUCUGUCGGAAUGUAAAAUUAAAAUUAUUUGCAACUUAGGAUUAAAAAGCUUAGUAGUUUUUGCAACGAGCUGCAGAUCUUUUUCAAAGCAGUGUAACAAGCUAGAAAGAAUCUACAUAAUCACUAACAGCUGAGUGGGUGGAUGUCCAUGAACGUUGGAGGUCCGGGUAAUCUAGUUCCAUUUAGUGAAUAAUACCGACUUCGGUUCUUAAUCUAACUCUCGAACCUGUGCUGACUGCAAGGUGUUGUUCAACUUCCCUAGCAACGACCACACGGCGAUAACUAAUUCAUGAGGUUAGAAUUGUCAAAAUUACGAAAUGGCAAUGGGUGGAAAGCCACAAGUAAAUCUGCCAGAUUUUUUAAUAUUCUAAUCGACUUUUAAACAACCGCGACACUAUCAGUAUUACGGAUUCCGUUGAAUUUGAAAUGUUGCGAAUUAUAACUUCCGCCCGAAAAGUGAUCAAAGUGACAGCGUUCAAUACCUCCUUACAAUAAUUAAUGCAGAAUCAUUUAUUAAGAGCAUGAGGAAAAUGGAAAUGAUAGCCAACUUAAGAAGCUUUGAUGUUAAACAAAUUCUCGUUGUCAACGAGAAGAAUUUAGAGAAUAUAUCAACUGAUGUUAGAGCAUUAAAGGUUAAUGGCUGGCUAGGGUAUCCAGUUAGAUCGCACCAUGGUUAGAUCACUCCCAGUUAGAUUGCUGCGACCAAAAGUUAGAUCACUCCACUCGAAAGUUAGAUUGCUCCAUCAAAUACGUUACUUCGCUACCAACAUAAGUUACUUCGCUCCAUGUUGUAAAGUGAAGUAUUACUUACCAAUGAUCUUUAAAGUUUAUAGGUGAUGAUGUGUCUUGAGACAAUUCAAGUACAUCGUAUUCACUCUGUCUUUCAUAUUAGCCACCGAGCUACUGAUGUAUGAUGUACAGUGAUGAUGGAAUAAAUGAUCAUAGAAUAAAUUAUAAUGUUAUAGUCUGAAGUGUAUUGAAAAAGAUCAUUCAAAUACCAAUACUAUCCAGUGUGGCUUUUUUUUGCAGGUUGAUAUAACGAAACUGAUAUCUGCCAUCUUUAAUUAAUAAAGUACAUUACACUUUGUGAAUACCUUUCAUGAGGCUUUACUUGUUCUUUCUGAGUAGCUCAGAUUUAUUUCAAGCAUGCACAAGCAAUAUCAAUCAAUUGUUCAGUAAGAUAUGUACGUCAUUUAAUGAACUAUCAAUUUAAAUACCUUAGUUUUGCUGCCAUUAUCUUAGUUUUCUACAUGGAGUGAAGUAACUUAUGUUGGUGGCAAAGUCACUGAUUUGAUGAAACUUUGUAACUAUCUAACUUUCAGGUGGAGGGAUCUAACUUUUGGUUGGAGCAAUCUAACUGGGAGCAAUCGAACCAUGGUGUGAUCUAACUGUAAUUCCUGGCUAGCAUUUGCGCAGAAUUAACUUAGGGUGAAGUGUUUGCACUGUCAUGUUUAGAUUUUUCUUAAUUGUUUUUUUCUUGUGCAAUUUUAGGGUUAACAUGGAGCUAAGGAUUAUUUGGUUGCAUGUUGUUCUGAUUUGUUCACUGUCAUUAAUGUCAGAAUCAGCCAGGGAUGUUAACAAAGCUUUAAACAUGGUAAGGAACGAGAUGGCAGAUCAUCAAGCUAAUGCAAACAAGAUUAUAGACUUCUUAACAAAAGGACCAGGAAAGCAUCAAGUUUACAAUAGACUUGCAACGUUUGUUGAUACAUUUGGCAGUCGAAUUGCAGGCUCUGCCAAUCUGGAACAUGCUAUAGAUUACAUGCUUGAUGAACUGAAAGAGGAUAAACUUGAUAAUGUACAUGGUGAAGAAGUGAAUGUAACCCACUGGGUGCGUGGUAAGGAAUCAGCCCAAAUGAUUAUGCCCAGGAAUCACUCUAUUGCCCUGCUUGGCCUUGGAGGUAGUGUAGGUACUCCACCUGAAGGUAUAACUGCAGAAGUUUUGGUUGUGAGCUCAUUUGACGAACUUCAUGCCAAGGCCUCAGAGGUAUAUGGUACAUCUUCUAUGUAGUAUCAACUCAGUUGAUAAAUUCAAAUUAACUCAUAAUCCCCCCCCUUCCUCUCCCUACUGAUGCAACGAUGCAGUUUCUUUAGGAACUUACCUCCUUUUUUCUGUUUUUGCAUAGUUAAGUCAAAACUUCAUAAGAUAUCAGGCAGGACUUACCAUUAAAGUGGUGGCUCUCUUGUUUAGGACCUAGAUCUGGAAUUUGGGGGCAAAUGCUACUGUUGUUCAUCAUAAUGAAUUGUCACUUUCCUUGCCAAACAGCAAGUCAUAUCCUUCCUGAAUUUCUUUUUCCCCUUGUCCCCCUACUGGCUCCCAGUUAACUUCUAGCAUCAGAAGUUUCAGUUAUUUAAAAGUCAUAGGAAACUGUAUCAUUCAUAAAUGCUACUUCUAUGCUAUACUUACUUUACUCACUGGUAUUUGCAUGAGAACAAAUUCGAAGAUUAAGGCAGAGACAUAAUAUAUAUUACAAAAGAAUAUAUUGUGUAAAAAACAACUCUUUUCUCUACUCAAGUUGUCAUAAUGAUAUCUUUUUUGCAAUAUACUUUCCUCCAUAAAGGCUAAAGGUAAAAUUGUGGUUUUAAAUGAGAAAUGGAUUAGUUAUGAGAAGACAGUGGUUUAUCGUACACAAGGGGCUGCAGAGGUGGCUAAAGUUGGUGGCCUUGCCUCCCUCAUCCGUUCUGUGACACCAUUUUCUAUCUACAGUCCUCAUACUGGUUGGCAAUAUUAUGAGAAAGGUAAACUUAUCAAUACCUUUAAGUAUAUUACCUCUCUAUCCUUACCUAUUGCUUUUUAACCAACCCUGAAAAUGAUAAGAUAUGAUAAGCCUUUUUUUUUUAAUUAGCCUACUAGCCUUUUUUGCAGUGGUCAUGUGGUCUCACCAUACUCCAGUGUCUCUCACCUACAGGGCAAUGCUGAAGAAAUGCUGGAAUUGAGACCAUGAGAGAGUCAGAUGAAUUUCUUCAAGAUUAAAUUCUAAUUUUUUGAAAGUACAAAUUAAGGCAAAAUCUCAGAACUUUAAGCAUCUUCAUCUAGGCCUUGACCAAAUCAAGAAUUAGUUAUAAGAAAAAGAGAAAAAAGUCUGUGAAUGGGAAGAAAACCCUUUGGGUCACUUGACUUUAAAAAUUUGAAAUUUAUAAUUGGACAAUCUUUUGAAUAAUGUACAAAGAAGCAUUAAUUGUUGUACCAAACAGAUACCUGCAGUAUGCAGGUUGAAAAUUAUUUUACAAGCAUCUAACUUUUAUUAGAAACAGUCCUAUAUAAUGCAAGGUAGGGCAUGGCAAUUCAAUGGAUAUUGAUGUCGUUUUUUACAGGAGUGAAGAAAAUCCCGACAGCCUGUAUUACAAUAGAGGAUGCAGAAAUGAUGACCAGGAUGGCUGCUAGAGGAACAAAAAUAAUAGUUAAUUUGAAAAUGGAAGCCCAAAAUUUGCCACAAGUAGUUUCUAGGAACACAGUUGCUGAGAUAAAAGGCAGCGUGCAUCCAGAACAGGUAUCUGCAUUUCAUGGAGCUCAUUUUCUCCUUAAUGGCUACCAGGGCCCUGUUGGUCAAAGGGUGCUUAAUACUAUCCAAAGGAUAAUUCACUGUCCAGUGGAUGAGUGUUAACAAAACAGACUUCACUGUCCACCAGUUAGAUAUUUAUCCAAUAGAUAGCUAUAUCCACCUUGCGAAUAACCAGGGCCUGAUUUCUCAAUUAUGUGUGAAUCUUAUCAUAGUAUUUAACAUCUAUUUGUGAUGUCCUCUUUUUCUGUCUUUCAGGUGGUUCUUGUCAGUGGCCAUCUCGACAGCUGGGAUGUUGGUCAAGGUGCAAUGGAUGAUGGGGGUGGUGCAUUCAUUUCCUGGCAAGCACUGUCAGUUAUUCGACAAUUAGGUCUCAAACCAAAACGCACAAUGCGGAUGGUGCUAUGGACAGGAGAAGAGGUGGGUCUUCUUGGAGCAGAACAGUACUACAACCGUCACAAAGAUAGUGCAGGAAAUUUCAGCUUGGUGAUGGAGUCUGAUAUUGGAACCUUCAAGCCUCUAGGGAUAGUGUUUCAAGGCAGUGAAAAAGCAGCAGUCAUUAUGAAGGAUGUGAUGGAGCUGUUGAAGCCAAUUAAUGUCACUAACCUAACAGUUACUCAUGUUGGUGGGGAUAUCACCUUCUGGAUCCAAGAUGGAGUGCCAGGUGGAAGCUUGAAGAAUGAGAACAGCAAGUACUUCUAUUUCCACCACUCAAAUGGUGACACCAUGACUGUACAGGAUCCUGAUGCCAUGGACCUGUGUGCUGCAGUGUGGACUGUUGUGGCUUACACUGUUGCCAAUCUGGAUGAAAUGCUGCCUCGAAACUAGUAACAGCAGAACUAUGAUUACCAAUGUAGUUCUCUUUCAUUUUCAGUAUUGUAAAAAGUCUUACUACUUUUUUAAGGUAGCAAUGAGCUCAAGACACAGACACUAAAGCAAAUGAAAUAAUAUUUUUUAAAUAUAAUUUAGUGUGAGAUGAGAUGAACAUUCAGGUAGGAAAGGAGAAGGAGGGUGACAUGAUCUAUACUUUAGAGACAGGAGAACAUGUUUUUUAAUUCUAAUGCAUGCCUUUCGCCAGAUAGAAUAGUUCAUUGGAAUUUGAUUCUAGUAGUUAAAGUAUAUUUUUUUAAACACAAGUAUAUACUACUAAAAUGAUACCCCAUUCACACCAAAGCAUAGUUUAAAAUUUUUUUCUUCAUAGAAGCUGCUUAAAUUGAUGUUUGUUGACGUUAAAUGAAGCACGUUGAAAACAGAAGUUGGCCAUUUCUUGAAUCCUGUGGGAAAUUUGGUUUAUGAGUUCUCUUAAACAUGGUUUAAAUCAACAGGUUUUGAAGGUGUGAAUUAAUUUAAGUUAAGUUAACACUUUGUAGUUGUAGGUUUUUUUUAGGAAACUUAGAUAGGGGAAUAUUUCACUCCUUACUGUUUUGCAAGUUAUGGUCCUCUGUACAGGGAAAGAAAAGGUCUUCUGGGGCAUUACAAUCCUAUUCAAUAGCUUCCCUAGGACAACUUAACAAAUUCCUGUACAAGGAGGAUUCCUAAUAGCUCUACUAUGUAGUCAUAUGGCACAAGCACAAUAGCACCCAAGCUGACAUAGACAUCAGCAAAAGGUGUUGAUUCCCCUUGUUAAAGUGAAACUACGGUCACUAUUUUCAGACAUACUCUAUUCCCCUUCAGGGAAGAUGGGUCCUUUGUCAUUUUUUCAAAUAUCAAAGUCCAUCCUGCCUUUGGAGGCUUUGACUCAUAGCUGAAGCUUACUAAUCUCUGUGGGGGAAAUCUUGUCUGGACGUAACAACAUGUGGAUUUUUUUAUUUCUGGGAUAAUCCCUUUUUCAAAAUUUUGAGGAAGAUUUGUAAUUGACAGAAUUUUUCAAAUAAAAGAAUUGUUUUUCAACGGAAACUACUAAUGUUGAUUUUUAAACCGCCGAGGGAUAAUUUACGCGAACCAAAAGACCAAUAUUUCAAAACUCUUCUGGUUUCACUGAGAACCUCCAAAAUUAAAAUUAAACCACAUGGAAGUUUAAUUGAUAACGCAAAAACUUAACCGAACAGCAGGGAGCGAGGGGGCUGUCGGGCUUUAAGGUUUGAACGAGCUCGCUGCAUUUCGAAUAAGUCCCAGUGGGUUCUCGCUGAAAGUUUGUCUCUUCACUCAGUAGUCUGAAUGGGUACAAGCGAAACCCAACCAGAUGCGGAAAGUAGGUUAUUUGGAAUGGACUAGCGUCUUAUAUAGAAAGAAUUACAUUACUCCUUAUUGCUUCAAACUAGUCCAGGAGGGAUUAGAAAAUUACUCGGACGACAUUUGUGCUGACCUGUCCAACGCAUAUAAGGACUUACUAAACUUAACGUAAUUUCCCUGUAUUUCUGAACGUUCUUACCAAAAAAAGAGUGUACACACACGUAUGUAUGCUUGGUCCAGAAGCAAAGCCUCGAGGGAAAUGUGAAAUUUUGAGGACAAUCUCUCAGCCGUGGACAUUAUCAAACCGACAAACCAGCAAGCCAGAUAGGUGUUUGUUUAUUUGAUGACCCUCCCAUUAAUUUUCAUAUAAUAAUGAAUGAAUAAUGGAGAUGAAAGCCUUUAGUUAGCUUUUUUCUGCUAUCUUUGUCUCUUUUCAAGGAAAAUAAUCGGAGGACAUAUAUCGAAGUACGUUGACAGGGUUGUUUGGGAAAUAACCCCCUUCAGGCGGCUGAUAAUAUUUGCAGCCGAGAUAUUGUCCGAGAAAUGAAUAUUUGGCAGAGAGCCGAAGCUUCGAUGGCAAAUGCGAAAUUUUGAGGUCAUUAUCUCAGCCAAGGACACUAUCAGCUGACACACCAGCAAGCCAGAAGAGGUUUUAUUAAUCUUAUAACCCUUCCAUUAAUUUCUAUGUCGCACGCAAAUUUUGUUGCCUUUUGUACUUUCCGAAGCAGCAUUUGAGAGCAGCUUUUUAAUGUCGAUACCACUGGAGCCAACAAAACAAGUUCGUUUAUCUUUUAUAUACAGUAAUAAAGGUGCAAAAGUGAAACUCUUGAGCUGUUUUUUUUUUUUUUUUCUUGCUGGCUUUGUUUCUUUUCGACGGAAAUAAUAGGAAUGCAAAUAUCGACAUAAACGGUAUUAUUGCGCAAUUACUAUCCGGUGAUUUGUACCGCGUGACAUAAAGCAGUUAAUAGAAUCGUGUGAAAAUUAAUGAGAGAGUGGAAGAGGUUAUAAUUAGUAAAUAAACCCCUUCAGGCGGCUGGUGUGUCGGCUGAUUAUGCCUGCGGCUGAGAUAUUGUCCGAAAAAGGAAUACAGCCGAACCUGUAAUAAGUGGCACCGUAUUGAGCAGUCAUCCUGUAUAAGCGGUUGGUUUUAAGCAUCCCAAAAUUUUCUUCACUUGAUGAGUGUAAUUUUAUAUGUAUUAAGCGGCCACCUCUAGUAAGUGGUCAUGGUCACCCUUUACUUAGUCUGAUCCCAACAAUUACUUGAAGGGCAACCACGCAGAUAAAACUAAGAAUAAUGUUUGAGGAAUUUUAGUCGGACUUGUUCAAUACACCCUCGUAAAUCUUCAUAAAAUCCAAAGCAUUUUCCAAUAUUAUCGGAUCUCUCUGAUUAUCCAGGCAUUUUCUCAACAUAACAAUCUCACGCCUUUGACUCGAAAAAGUUCCCGGGCACGUGGUCACUAGCUAACGCCGGCUGACUUGAUGGAGUUGUGUUGACCCCAUUCAAAGUUCUUUUUCUUGGAAUUACAGAGUCAGAAUGGAGUCAAGGGCCGUUUUCCUAUGUCUUGCUUGUUUUUGCCUACCACAGUUAACAUUAGUGUCGGCCAGGAGUGUUAAUAAGGCCUUGAACAUGAUAAGGAAUGAGAUAACCGAUCAUCAAGUUGAAGCGAACAAAAUAAUGGACUUCUUGACUAAAGGAGCAGGAAAGCAUCAAGUUUACGACAGACUUGCAAAAUUUGUCGAUACAUUUGGCAGUCGAGUUGCAGGCUCUGCCAAUCUGGAGUAUGCUAUAAAUUACAUGCUCGAUGAACUGAAAGAGGACAAGCUUGAUAAUGUACAUGGUGAAGAAGUGAAUGUAACCCACUGGGUGCGUGGUAAGGAAUCAGCCCAAAUGAUUAUGCCCAGGAAUCACUCUAUUGCCCUGCUUGGCCUCGGAGGCAGUGUAGGUACUCUGCCUGAAGGUAUAACUGCAGAAGUUUUGGUUGUGGGCUCAUUUGAUGAACUUCAUGCCAAGGCCUUAGAGGUAUAUGGUACAUCGUACACUAUAACGUACUCUACAAAUCGAACGGCACUAACAGAUCAAUUGUACUUCAUAGUUUCAGUUGCCCAAAUUCAGUAAUAUCCCUGGUACAAGAAGUAUGCUUAUAGGAUCUUCAAAAAAGAGAGUUGCGACGUCUCUCCAUGCCAGCUCUCAUUUAUGACUUACCCACUCGUUCCAGCCUAACCUCAUAUCUGAACUCCUGGACUAGUUUGAAGCAAUAAGGAGUAAUGUAAUUCUUUCUAUAUAAGACGCUAGUCCAUUCCAAAUAACCUACUUUCCGCAUCUGGUUGGGUUUCGCUUGUACCCAUUCAGACUACUGGGUGAAGAGACAAACUUUCAGCGAGAACCCACUGGGACUUAUUCGAAAUGCAGCGAGCUCGUUCAAACCUUAAAGCCACUUUUACUUCCACAAAAAAUGACAGUGUAAAUUAGCCUGGUGCCACCAACAAGAACUGUCAAACUUCGUGAUGAGAGUGACAAAAGCCAUGGAAGAUCAUAUCCUCCAACUAAAUGCUUUUCAUGAUUCUGGGCUAAAGAGGUGGCCAGCAGGUUGUUCCCUCUGAAUUAUUUUAAGAGAAAAAUCUUUCGAUGAUUGCAGUGAAAUUCAGUGUCAAGUUACCCUAAAAAAAUGCCAAAAUGUAAAGCAAACGGGGUAACUAUAGCACUUUUUCACUUCCCUGGUAUAUCUAGAUUAUGUCAUUUCUUUUCCCCUGCAGGCAAAGGGUAAAAUUGUGGUUUUUAACGAGAAGUGGAUCAGUUAUGGAAAGACAGUGGCUUAUCGAGUAUAUGGCGCUAUAGAGGUGGCUAAAGUUGGUGGUCUUGCCUCCCUCAUCCGUUCUGUGACUCCAUUUUCUAUCUACAGUCCUCAUACUGGUUGGCAAGUUUAUGAAGAAGGUAUAGUAUGCCUGUGUUACCUAUAUAUCUUUUACAUAUCGGUCUGUCAUCAACCAGACAACCAUGUAAGACUUUAAAACUUUAAAGGUCAAGAACAGAUCCUUGCAGAUACCAGAGUUACUGGUAGAAAAUUCUGUGCCUGGCAGCUCAUUCAUAUCAGUAAUAGGCUAUAGUAUAAACAAUAGUCUCCAUUUAGCGCGAAAAUACACACUGAUAUUUGUUCGUGCACAUUAUCUGUUUCAACUUGCAGACAGUUUUCCGGGAGCGAAGCUGGUGGAAAACUGCAAGCGUCGAGGAACAGGAACAGAUAAUGUCCUAAGACAAAUAUACGAGCGUAUUUUCGCGCCAAAAAGAGGCUGUAGUGUUUAUCAUCAAAUAUAUACCUUCAAAUAUUUUGCGACGCGGGAAAAAAAUACUGUUUGCUGCCCGGGAUGUUCUCUUUUCAGUACUCUCCGGUAUGACGUCAUUAACAAACAAAAAUGUCCCUUUUUCUGUAACAACCCCAAAACGCUCUGUCAUCUUGAAUAAACUUUUAAAUGGAGGCUCAGCGUAGUUGACGUAAGGUUUGAAAUUGUGGAAUAUCCCUUGAGGUAUAUCCUCGGAUAUUCCCCAUUUUUAGCUGGGAAGUAUUCAGUCAUGUGAUGCGUUUAGACUAAUCGCGCGCGAGCAGAAAAUAUUUGAUUGAUUACAAUGCUAGGUGUGGCAUUCCCAUUCAUAUAUAUAUAUUGAUGUCGUGUUUCAUAGGAGUAAAGAAAAUCCCCACAGCCUGUAUUACAAUAGAAGAUGCAGAAAUGAUGGCCAGGAUGGCAGCAAGAGGAACGAAAAUAAUCGUCAACUUGAAAAUGGAAGCCCAAAAUUUGCCGCCUGUAAUUUCUAGGAACACGGUUGCUGAAAUAAAAGGCAGCGUGUAUCCAGAGCAGGUAAGUGCCUUUCAAAACUUUCUUUUAGGCUGGGACAACUGGCCCAAUCCAACAGUGUUGGAUUGGGACCAGUCACGUCACUGUAAAAGUGCAGCAGGUUACAUCUGAGCGUAGUUUCGUCGAUAAUGUUGCUUGGUCAAACACUGAAGAGUUUAUCCGGAAAAUUUUCAAAGUCGAGCUGGGUUCCAUAUGAUGCUUCGAACUUGACUGAUUUAAAUUUUUAUGUCACGUUGCCUGUUCUUCGCCCCACAAGAGAUUAUUUCUUCUAAAUGAUUCAUCCGGUCCUCUUUUUCUCUCCAAUCAUUUGCUUUUUUCCGUCUACAAGUUAUUCCAUAAGGCUUCUAUUACAAAUCUAAUACCCCUGGUUAUUAAAACCAUCCCUCGCUUUGUAUUUUGCAUUUUAACAUUACAACCACCUGGUCCCACCCUGGCAACCAAAGGGAUUCCAACAAAAUAGGUCGCCUGCAUUUUCCUGUACUUGGAGCACGUCGCAGUUGUAGGAAUUCGGUAUAGGCAAGGCUAUAUCCUUUAUACAUACUUUAUCUCUGAUUGACUUUUGUGCUCUAAACAGCUUUUAUUUCACUUCACUCAAAAAAGAAGAGCGUUAGUGAACAGUAUGGUUCAAAAGACAAAAUUAAGAACAAGAUGUUCAUUUACUUGGGUGAUAUGAGAAUUCUCUAGCCGCUACGCAGAAUCCCCCAGCUCAAUUUUGAUGGCAAGAUCUCCUUCCUUUGAUUCAGACGAGGAAAAUAUUAUCUUUUUGGGUCACACUGAUCUCCCGCUAUUAAUUUCGUAGCAAAAACUUCGUCAGUGUACAAUGAUCAUGUCUUUUUUUCUUGACUUUUAGGUGGUUCUUGUUGGCAGUCACUUAGACAGCUGGGAUGUCGGUCAAGGCGCAAUGGAUGAUGGGGGCGGGGCGUUCAUUUCCUGGCAAGCACUGUCAGCCAUUCGACAAUUAGGUCUCAGACCAAAACGUACAAUGCGCAUGGUGCUAUGGACAGGAGAAGAAGAGAAUGUCCUUGGAGGAAAACAGUAUUAUAACCUUCACAAAAAAAACGCUGGAAAAUUCAGCUUAGUGAUGGAGUCUGAUUAUGGAACCUUUAAGCCUGUAGGAAUAGCCUUUCAAGGCAGUGAAAAAGCAGCAGAUAUUAUGAGGGAGGUAGUGAAGCUUUUGAAGCCAAUUAACGCCACCAAUCUCAAAGCUGUUAAUCUCGGUGGGGAUAUCGAUCCUUGGAUCCGACAUGGGGUACCUGGUGGAAGCUUGGACAAUGAAAACAGUAAAUACUUCUUGUUUCACCACACAAAUGGUGACACCAUGACUGUACAAGACCCUGAUGCCAUGGAUUUGUGUGCUGCGGUGUGGACUGUUGUGGCUUACACUGUUGCCGAUCUAGAUGAAAUGCUGCCACGAGAUUAA